AUGCAAAACAGCAUUAAUAGCAAACCUGAUAUAGAAUUAACAUCGUCGGUAAUACUUGAAAGUGCAACUGGGAAUGGUAAAGGCAAUAGUAAUAGUAAUGACAAGCUUAAGGGUAAUAUAAAAUUACAAGUUUGGCCUCAGGUUAGAUUUUGGUUUCAAUAUUUAACUUUGUCAAUGUUAGGAGUAUUCACAAGAGAAGCUAUUACGUCUUUGUCCAAUUAUGAAAAUUCUUAUGUUCAAGCAGGAAGUGUAUUAUGGUCAAAUUUCACAGCAUGUUUAAUUAUGGGUCUAUUGCAAGAGAUGAAUUCGGCAAAUUGGUUUGUGAACCACCCUGAAUUAUUUACUUCACUGACUACAGGAUAUUGUGGUUCUUUAUCGUCAUACUCAACAAUGAUGCUCGAAACAUUUGAACAUUCUGCAAGUUUAACACGUCCAAAUAUUACCCACCACACUAAAUUACCAAAUAGAGCAUAUGGGAUUAUGGAAUUUCUUUCUGUUAUUAUAGUACAGAUGUUUGUCUCUAUGGACUCGCUACUCUUUGGCAGGUAUUUAUCAAGAGAAGUGAUUAUAUGUCAUUUUAAUGGUAAAAAAGAUGACGACGAUGAGAUAGAAACUAACAGUUCAAUUGAACCCUCAUCAUUUAUUUCUAGAACGAUAACCUACCUCAAUUACGUUACAUGGAUCAUGGCUAUCCCACUAAUUGCUUUAAUUGUAACUCUAGCGGGUGUUUAUGGUAACUACUCAAGAGGGAAAUGGACAUUACCUACCCUAUUUGGUAUUUUCGGAUCAUUUGGCAGAUAUUACAUUUCAAAAUUACUUAAUCCUAGACUAGCUAAUUUUCCAAUAGGUACUUUUACAGUCAAUCAAUUUGCAGUCAUCUUCAUCACAGUAUUGGAACUUGUUCAAAGAGGAAAGAAACAUAGCAAUGGCAAUAUCCCAAUUAUCAAUACCGUGAAUGCAUGUCAUGUGACUGCAGCUUUAAGCACUGGGUUUUGCGGUGGUUUAAGUACCGUCAGCACAUUUAUAAAUGAAGGUUACAAGAUGAAAUUUAUUCACCUGUUAAGAUAUUUUGUAAGUUCGAUUAGUGUUUCUUACGCUAUAUGUGUCAUUAUUUUAGGUUCAUACUCAUGGAGCGUAGGUUUAACAGUUCCAGUAUGUUAA